GUUUCUUAACAUGUUAGAAUUUUAGCCCGUACGUUUUGCACCAAAAUGAGACAUCUCCCAGCUUCACACGAUAUUUCUUUGCAAAGUUACAGAAUUUACAAGAAAAGCCCUAAAUGUUCAUUGUCAGCUCAGAGCUACAGAAAUAACAAGGAAAAAUUGAUUUAGGGCUUUUCUUGUAAAUUCUGUAACUUUGCAAAGAAAUAUCGUGUAAAGCUGGGAGAUGUCUCAUUUUGAUGCAAAACGUACGGGCUAAAAUUCUAACAUGUUAAGAAACACUAGUAUGAUUUUAGGGGAUUUCUGGGAAACCGGUUUUCCAGAGACCCGGUAUCACGAGGCCCAUCAGCCCAAACGGAUGCCAUAUUCGGAUUCAGCAUAUUUGAUUACCUACUGCCCACUUGCUCAUGGCUGAAAAGCGAUUUGCCACUUGGUGUCCUUUCCUCGUAAGAUAGUAUAGUAAUUAUGCAUUCCACUCCUCGACAUACCAUCUAUAUCCCGGUGUGCAUAAACUUAUAUAGACAUUUUAUUCUUCUAGAGCUUGUCUUGCGAUUAAGGGAUUUUAUUGUAUUUAGGGAAUGGCAAAUGUUAAAAGAACAAUUAAACCUUUCUAUGAAAGGUACAUCGAUAAAUCAAUGAUUGAUGAUUAUUAUACCACUGGUGCUACUUUUAAUGUUAAUCCAAAACCGGAUAAAACCGAGGAAGUGCUUGCAGGUCUAAGAGGUAUACCCAAUGACACAACCAACAGUUCUUCAUCGUGGAAUGGUGGAACUCAUGGAUGGGACAAUGACUUUCCAUCCAUGAAAGCCAUAUUUAUGUCUAAGGGACCAUAUUUUAAACGAGGAUUUGAACUAGAUACUCUCAAUAAUGUUGAUAUAUAUCGUAUGGCUUGUAAAAUAUUAAAUUUAGAGCCAAAUAUUUAUGCUACUGAUGGAUCUUUAAAUAAUGUAACAAAAAUGUUCAGUCGAACAUCAUCGUUCAAUAAUCAGUAUUCAAUUCUUUAUGUAUGUUUAACAUUAUUUCUUUUGUAUCUUCAUCAUUAA